GUACCAUUUUCACUUUCUCCAUACCCAAAGAAAACAAAACAAAAAUGGGUAUCUCUUUGCUCUGUUUUUGCUUCGUUACUUUCCUUACAUUAAUCUUUCUCGUUAAAAAGAUUAAACAAUCCAAAUGGAAUCUCCCUCCAACCCCCCCUACGUUUCCGGUCAUCGGAAACCUACACCAAAUCGGAGAACUGCCUCACAGGUCACUUCAAAGUCUAGCCCAAAGAUUCGGACCUGUGAUGCUUAUUCACUUCGGGUUUGUACCCGUGGUUGUAGUCACAUCAAAAGAAGCAGCUGAAGAAGUUCUCAGAACUCACGACCUAGACUGUUGCAGCAGGCCUAAGCUCGUGGGGACAAGGCUACUCUCACGGGACUUUAAAGAUGUCGGUUUCACGCCAUACGGUGAAGAGUGGAAGGAGCGUCGCAAGUUCGCGGUACGUGAGCUUUUCUGUCUGAAAAAAGUUCAGUCGUUUAGGCAUAUAAGAGAGGAAGAAUGUAACUUUCUUGUCAAGAAACUGUCGGAAUCUGCGGUGGAUCGAACUCCGGUUGAUUUAAGCAAAACCCUUUUCUGGCUGACUGCAAGUAUCCUCUUUAGAGUUGCCUUGGGACAGGAUUUCCACGAGAGCAAGUUCAUCGAUAAAGAAGAGAUCGAAGAGCUUGUGUUUGAAGCCGAGACUGCCCUAGCUAGUUUCACUUGUUCUGAUUUUUUCCCUGUUGCUGGACUUGGAUGGCUUGUUGACUGGUUCUCUGGACAACACAAGAGGCUCAACGAUGUUUUCUUGAAGCUAGAUACUCUGUUUCAGCUUGUGAUUGAUGACCACUUGAAUCCUGGAAGAACCAAAGAUCAUGAAGACAUCAUCGAUGCAAUGUUGGAUGUGAUUCAUAAACAAGGCAAAAAUGAUUCCUUGAAGUUCACGGUAGAUCAUAUUAAGGGCUUUCUCGCGAAUAUAUUUCUCGCAGGGAUAGACACAGGGGCCAUCACCAUGAUAUGGGCAAUGACUGAGCUCGCUAAAAAACCUACACUUAUGAAAAAAGUUCAAGACGAGAUCCGAGACUGCCUUGGCAACAAUAAGGAGACAAUCACCGAAGAAGAUGUCGAUAAGGUUCCUUACUUGAAGCUGGUAAUAAAAGAAACGUUCAGGUUACAUCCAGCAGCUCCUCUUAUACUCCCAAGGGAAACAAUGUCUCACAUGAAAGUUCAAGGCUAUGAUAUUCUCCCCAAGACAAGGAUCUUGGUCAACACUUGGGCGAUAGGAAGAGAUCCCAAACUCUGGACGGAACCAGAGGAGUUUAACCCGGAGAGGUUUAUUGAUAGUCAUGUGGAUUAUAGAGGACAACAUUACGAGCUCUUACCAUUUGGGUCUGGUCGAAGGAUGUGUCCUGGGAUGCCUAUGGGGAUUGCUACUGUUGAGUUGGGACUCUUGAACUUGCUUUACUUCUUUGAUUGGAGAGUUCCUGAUGGAAUGACACAUAAGGAUAUCGACACAGAAGAAGCUGGUACUCUUACUACCGUCAAGAAAGUACCUCUCAAGCUUGUUCCAGUUCGAGUUAUGUGAUCACUGAUCAGAACAAACUUUAGACGUUGGAGAUGUUAUUAUGAAUAAAAGCAUUUUAUAUGCAGAUGCUAUAAGCAUAUAUGUAUGAUAUGAGUAUUAUUUUUAAUGUUUGUAUUAUACACAAACUAACAUUUAGCAUAUCU